UGGAAGAGCAGUAGUAAUACAGAGUUUCACUUUAAACAGACGAACUAGUACAGCUUUGCUCUAGCUUUGCCAGACUUGCCCAAAGCCAUAAUAUACCUAUUGAUAUUUACUUAGUAAAAAAAUACACAUUCAGUAAAAUGAAGGUGACAUUAGUGGUUUGUUUGAUCGUUAGCUUGGCCAGCUGCAUGCCCCAGCAUGGUCAUGGUUUGUAUGGUGGAGGACAUGCGGUCAUUGCUGCGCCGAUCCAUAAAAUUGAAGCCGAACCCGUUGCUUAUCCGAAAUACGCGUUCAAGUACGGAGUGGAAGAUCAUCACACCGGAGAUCAGAAGUCGCAGGUAGAGGAACGCGACGGAGAUGUUGUUAAGGGAGAAUACUCCUUGGUGGAACCUGAUGGUACCGUUCGCAAUGUCAAAUACACAGCCGAUCACCAUAAUGGAUUCAAUGCGGUCGUGACCAAAUCCGGCCACGCAGUUCAUCCCCAGGUUCAGAAGGUCGCAAUUCCCGUAGCAGCAGCUCAUUACGGAGGAGGAGGUCACCACUACUGAAAAUGUCUAACAUCGCUUCUAUCAUCAUACCACAGGCUUUGAAUGGAAAAAGCUAUUUAUUUAUUCACAACUCAUACCAUAACUCAUUAUCAAUUAUCUGAUAACGUGAUCUUAUCGAUGAUACUUUAAUAUUGUUUCACCAACACUUCGCAUUACUUCUCUUGUAAAGAUCUCUUGAAAAACUAUUUUCGCAAAUCUUCGUAUUCUUUUGUUGUUAUUUUUUUAUCAUGUGCAGUUUUUAAAAAUUUUCUUCACGUCUAUUCGCGUGCUACUCACUUCCUCUUGUCAUAUAAAGUAGUAUUCAUCCACAUUGAAACAAUCUAUUGGAAUGCGCUGUAAAUAAUACAUACUGUAUUUACAUGACAUACCAUUGGGUUUACACAUAUUCACAUCAUAUAUAUUAC